UUUGCUAGUGGUAUGCCAGCCCCUGACUUGCCUGAAGAAUUCAAGAGCUUGAUCUUAGGAGAAAUGAAUGGGACAAAGCUGCAAAUGUUGGCACAAAAGAGUUUGUACAACACUGACAUAAACAAAGACCAAGGCAGGUUGUCACUGCCUCGAAUGCAAACCGAAUCCAAGAAUUUUCUCAAACCCAACGAAAAGGAGGAACUAGAUAAAACUAGCCUCCUGAUGGUUCCUUUGAUUGGCCCAAAGCUUGAACCUGACAAGGUAUCCCUAGGAUUGUGGACAAUGUCAAGCAAAUCUCAAAAAACCUAUGUGCUGAAAUCUACAUGGUUUGGCAUUGUUGAAAGACAUAGUCUAGGUGUAGGUGAUGUGGUCCAAGUUUGGUCAUUUCGGGCUACAAAUCCUAAGUACAAAAUUAAGGAUGGUGAUCAUGGUGAUCACGAUCACUUGACUUGCAACGAUGAUCAGCUUCACUUAGCUCUUGUCUUGGUUGAGAGAGGCGAUCGUCUUCUCGAGGAAGGCGGUAGCAAAGAAGGUGGUACUAGUACUGGUGGAGUAAGUAGUAGUAUGAGCAAUAAUGAGUGUGAUGAAGGACGAAAAACAAUUGAUGGCAGCAGCAGUGGGAGCUGCACUCCUGAAAAUGAUGGGAAUAGUAGCCCCAAACCGAGUUGUGAAGAGAGAGACCAAGAGACUUUUAAUUGACUCCUUCGAGGCUAG